AUGUCUGGUGAAAGCUCAGCUAGUAGCUUUCAUGGAGGUUUAUUCACCAACAAUGCCAAUAAAGGUUACCAAAACGACACACUCAACCCCUAUUUCAUGCACCCCAAUGAAAAUCCUGCAAUUGUUCUUGUUACUCCGUUGUUUAAUGGAGGCAAUUAUCAUUCUUGGUCAAGGUCUAUGACUGUCGCUAUUCGUUCCAAGAACAAGCUCCAUUUUCUCAAUGGAACUCUUCCUCGUCCUUUAGAUGAUGAUCGUGAUUGUAUGGCUUGGGAUAGGUGCAACACCAUGAUCAUGUCAUGGAUCACAAAUUCUGUUGAACCAGAAAUUGCUCAGAGUGUGUUAUGGAUGGAUGUGGCAUCAGAAAUGUGGCAAGAAUUGAAAGAUCGAUUUUAUCAAGGUGAUGUGUUUCGUAUCUCAGAUAUUCAAGAUGAAAUAUCUUCUCUUAAACAAGGAUUCUCACUGCAAGAUGAUGAUUGGCACAGCUGAACUGAAGCAUGGAUUGUAUCUCUUAACCUCACCAGCAGUUAGCUUGCCACACACUCCACCAGCACACAUAGUUAAUUCUGUCAAUUCUAUAC